GUGGGUCUGAGUCCCCUCUAUCGGAGCUGCAAUUCGCGAACAUGGCAACGAGCAGCAGGGAAUCUAGAAGGAGAAGGAUCGUUGAAAGAGGAUCCGACCGUUUGGCUCUCAUCACGGGUCGGAUCCAGAACGUUCCUGCACCUCUCUCUUCGUCGGAAUCUGUUCAAGAGCUAAUCAACAUCGACCGAUCUCAGCUCUUGGUUCCUCAAGAUCAGGAAAUACAACCCUCUUCAACGAAUCAAAACAACGAGCCUCCUAAUGGCGAGGGUGAAGCCUUGAGCUCUAUGUUGCUGAAAGGUACUUACCAAAGUGGAAGCAGUGUAGGACUACCCUUGUCAGAACAUGUCUCGAGUGUUGGAGCCCCUGUAGAUCCCAGUCCUCAUAUUAGCAGCGUUGAACAAUCAUCUCUGGUCAUGUCCGCAGAUCGAACUUCAUCAACUCCUCAUUCAGGCACAGAUUGGCCAGUAGAAAGUCAGGCACACUGGCUUAAAAAUUUCAACCCAAAGCGAAUAACCUCUGCCAUUGCAGCUACAGAGACCACACGGCUUUUUUGUUCCGUUGCCAUAGCUCUUUUAGUUGUUUCUUCACAUCUAGGAUCUCUUCUCCUCGGCAGCAACAUAAUGGAAUUCAUUGCAAGCUUUAGGCCUCUUCAUCUAGUUUUGUUGACAAAUCUAACAGUUGUCAUAUAUCGGCUUGUUUUCCACAAACAAAGAGGCGCGGAAAGGCCUGGCAGAGCUGAAAAUAAGAUCCUGACGACUGACGAUUAUGGGUGGGCUCAACAAAUGAGCAAUGCUUUGGAGCUGGGAUUGUUGAUGAAGGCGGCAAUGGAUGCAAUGCUCAUUGAUUGUAGUGUAUAUUUAGUACUUGUCAUAUGUGGUAUUUCAUUUACUUGAGGAUUCAGGAAGCAGGUUUCUAUAUAUUUUAAAUAGUGUCAUUCAAUAUCUGUAAUCAGAUUUGCUAUUUGGUUUUUGUGAUUGAUUUGUAACUACCGAAUUCUGUGGCAGUGUGAGCUGCUGUUUUGCCA